AUGUUUAACAAGAAAGAUUUAAAAAUUUUUGAUAUAUUUGCACCUACAUAUUAACAAAAGGUGCUAAAUGAUAGUAGUAAAAGAUCAACUAUUAUAGGAGGUUUAUUCUCAAUAAUAAUAAUUGUUAUUUGCCUUGGAUAUGCAUCAUAUCUACUUUAUAAUUAUGUAAAUGGAAAAUAUCAGCCUAAAUAAAACGAUUACACAUCUCAAACAGCUGAGUUAAAAUCUUUAAAUUUAUUGCUUACUUAUUUGAGUAUUUUCGUUUAUAAUGAUAAAUAAACGCUAAUUUAGCUUGAAACUUAAAAUAAAAUUAAAUAUUUUACUAUUAGGUUAAGCGUUAUUACUAAUUCAAAAGUCAUUAAAUAAUACUUUGAUGAGUCCUGUUAUGACUCAAAUUUAGAAAAAACUAUUGGUUUGAAUCAAGGAUUUUAUUAUUGCUUCAAUCAAGAAGAUCAAAAUGAUUAUGUCGCUUUAGAAGAAAGUGAGUAUGCUAAUACAAUUAUUACAAUAGAUUUUAUGUAUUGCCAAUAAAAUUACAUUAAGUUAGGCUACAGAUGUGCUACUGUAGAUGAAACUAAUGCAUAUUUAUAUGAUCAAGAUAACAAUUUUUAGAUUUCAAUAGAAACAGAUAUUUAUAAUCUACAUAAAGAUUAAUAUGUACAUACGAAUUUUACAUAAGAUUUAUAUUCAAGAUAAGGAGAGAUUCUAAAUAAUACAAUAUUUCUUUAAUUAACUAAUAUGCAAGUUAUUAAAGGAGUUAUAUUUUAGUCAUCAGACUCUAGUACGUAUUUCUAUAAUAUGGUUAACCAAAAUAAUUUUUUUCCUUAAAACACAAAUCCAAACUAACUGAUGAAUCCUAUAUCUACAGUAAUUAGACUAGAUAGACCUUAGAAAUAUGAAACAAUAUAAUUUAUACCGAUAACCUAAGUUCUUUCUGAGGCUUGGACCACUAUUUCGUUACUUUUAGUCUUAGGUAAUAUAGCAAGAAUUAUAUCUGAGACAGGUUUUGUUAGAGAUUUAUUAUAAAUUUAACUCAAAUUUUACUACAAAAAGACUGCAAGGAGGCUGUGUCCCUAAGAAGAAAAUAAAUAUAAUAGUAAAGACACAACAGGAGAUUAAGCUUCAAAUAUUUUUGAAGUAAAUGAAUAAGUUGAAAAAACAAACUAUAAAAAAAACAUACAAAAUUAUUUUAACAUCUCUAAAUGGCAAAAGUUUUCGAUGUUUUACUUACCUUCAGUAUGUUAGAAGAGAAAACACAAAACAGAAGAACAAGUUACUCUAGAAAAUUUAAUUAAACAAACAAACUAUGAAAUGAAUAUUUAUGAAAUGCAUAAAGAGCUUCUCAAAAUGAAGCUCAUUAUAAAAAUGUUAGUGAGUCCAGAAUAAUAUGCUGCAAUACAAAUGUGCGGUUGUGACUUACUCUAAAACACCUCAGAUGAAUAAAACUUUGAAAAAUCUGAAUAAACCGUUAGUAAAAGUGAGUAAUCUUUUACUGAAAAAAUAUAAGAAAAUAAAAAAAUUGAAUUGACAACACAUAAUGAUUUAGUUCCAUAAUUAUAAGAUAGCUCAAAUAAAAUUUAGAUAAAUAAUUAAUUAAUAUAGAAUAAUGUUUUAUAAAAUGAAAAAGAAAAAAAUAGAAAUUAGCUUCAAAAGUUACAGCAGAUAAACAUAUAAAUGCAAACAUUAUAAAACAUAAAAGUAGAAGAAAAAAUGGUAGUUUCUACAUAAAAAAAAUAGAUUCAUAACCAUCUUGAAAUACUAAAUAAAAUUGAUAUAGAACCAGAUUUUAAAAAGGAAUAGCUUAAAAAGUUUUUGUAAUUAGAUUAAAAUGAAGAAUAGGCUAAUUAGUUAAAUAAAAGAAUAAGGAGUUGUAUGAUGGGAAUUAAAGAACCCUAAGAUAAUUCAGAAAAAUCUGUUUUUAAACUAAAAUAUAAUAUAGAAAAAGUUUAACCUAAACUAUCAAUCUUUCAUUGA